CCCAGGAGGGAGCUUGUCCAAUCUCCACCUCCGAGGCUUUGGAGACCUUUGGCCAGUUCUAUUGAUCUUCACUCCUGGGCAGGCAACGGGACCAUCAACAGACGCCAUGACGGCUCUGUUGCUCCUGGGACCCCUGCUGAUAAGCCUGGAUUUGACACUUUCGACUCCACCGUGGAAAGGCCCCAAGGAGUUCAAGCAUGGAGCUGAUGACCUCACCGUGGUCCUCACUGUCGAUGGGAAGCUCUGCCACUUUCCCUUCCAGCACCACCGUCGUCUGUACCACAAAUGCAUCCGCAAGGGCCGGCCAGGCUCCCGGCCCUGGUGUGCUACCACCUCCAACUUUGAUGAGGACCAGCAAUGGGGGUACUGCUUGGAACCCAAGAAGGUGAAAGACCACUGCAGCAAACACAGCCCCUGCCAUGAAGGAGGGACGUGCGUGAACACCCCCAGCGGCCCCCUCUGUCUCUGCCCUGAACACCUCACGGGGAAGCACUGUCAGAGAGAGAAAUGCUUUGAACCCCAGCUCCUCCAAUUCUUCCAUGAGAAUGAGACAUGGCUUAGAGCGGGGCCAGCAGAUGUGGCCAGGUGCCAGUGCAAAGGUCCUGAGGCUCACUGCAAGCCUGUGGCCAGUCAGGCCUGCAGCACCAAUCAGUGCCUUCAUGGAGGCAGCUGCCUCCAGGUGGAGGGCCACGAAUUGUGCCGUUGCCCUGUGGGGUACACCGGACGUUUUUGCGACAUAGACGUUAAUGCGACCUGCUAUGAUGGCAGUGGGUUCAGCUACCGGGGCCAGGCUAGAACCACUCUGUCGGGUGCGCCAUGUCAGCGGUGGGCCUCCGAGGCCACCUACUGGAACAUGACUGCGAAGCAAGCGCUAAGCCGGGGCCUGGGCCACCACGCAUUCUGCAGGAACCCGGAUAAUGACACACGUCCAUGGUGCUACGUCUGGAGUGGUGACAGGCUGAGCUGGGACUAUUGCGACCUGGAGCAGUGCCAGGCUCCAAUCCAGGCAACACUCAUACCUCGAGUUACCCUUGAACGGCAGGACUUGCUGGUGCCCUGGCCUUCCACACUGCAGAAGCCUCAGCCCACGUCCCAGGAGCCAUCUGUGUCCCAUGCACUAGACGCCUCGUCAGAGCAUCACACCAGGACCAGCACAGUGGGCUGCGGACAGCGGUUCCGCAAGCGACUGUCCUCGCUCAGGCGCGUGAUAGGCGGACUAGUGGCUCUCCCUGGGUCGCAUCCCUACAUCGCCGCACUGUACUGGGGCGACAACUUCUGCGGCGGCAGCCUCAUCGCCCCCUGCUGGGUGCUGACCGCGGCUCACUGCCUGCAGAACCGGCCGGCCCCCCAGGAACUGACAGUGGUGCUUGGUCAAGAUCGCCAUAACCGAAGCUGCGAGCAUUGCCAGACACUGGCUGUGAACUCCUACCACCUUCAUGAGGGCUUCUCCUCCAGCACCUACCAACAUGACUUGGCUUUACUGCGCCUGCAGGAAAGCGAAAACAACAACUGCGCAAACCUGUCGCCUCACAUCCAACCGGUGUGUCUGCCCAGCAGUGCAGCUCCACCCUCUGAGACAGUGAUCUGUGAGGUGGCCGGCUGGGGUCACCAGUUUGAGGGGGCGGAGGAGUACGCCACCUUCCUGCAGGAGGCACAGGUACCCUUUAUCUCCCAGGAGCGCUGCUCCGAUCCUGAAGUGCAUGGAAACGCCAUCCUGCCUGGAAUGCUUUGUGCUGGCUUCCUGGAGGGAGGCACCGACGCCUGCCAGGGUGAUUCCGGGGGUCCUCUGGUGUGUGAGGAAGGAGCUGCAGAGAGCCAGAUCACACUGAGAGGUGUCGUCAGCUGGGGCUCCGGGUGUGGGGACCGCAACAAACCUGGAGUCUACACCGACGUGGCUAACUACCUGGCUUGGAUCCAGGAGCAUAUUGCUUCAUAAGUAACCCAGCUUGGUCCUUCCCUCUUGUG